AUGAAAUCAGAAUUAAAUGAAAUGAUCAAUUCAUUGAUUACAAUUAAAUCUUUAAAGAAUUUAAAAAUAUCAUCAGUAAAUUUUAAACAUUAUCCAUUUGAUUUUGGAACAUAUGCUCGUUAUUAUGAUUAUUUUAAAGAUGAUGAUGAUCUUUUAAUUUUUGCAAAUAAAUUAAAAGAAAUUAUAGAAUCAUAUUCAAACUGUUUCAAACCAUUAUUUUCAGAAUUAAAUACAUCAAUUGAAAGAAUUAAAUUUGAUUGUAUGGGUUUAUUAAAUAUUAAUACAUUUUCAAAUUUAUUAAAUAAUAAAUCAAUUAAAUAUUUAUAUUUAUAUGGUGAGAGUGAUUUUAUUGUUUACUCAACAAAAAAAAUUAAGGGUAGUGUUGAAUUACAUAAAGAACAUAUUUCAAUUAAUCAAUAUUUAUUUGUUAAUAUAUUUUCAUCACCAUUAACAUCAAUUAGACAAUAUAAAAUUAAUUUCAAAUAUUCGAACGAAUUAAAAUUCAUAUUUAAUUUAAUAUUUAAUAAUAUUUUUAAAUUACAAUUAUACUCAUUAAUAUUUGAAUUUGAUGCAUUCAGUUUAUUAGGUGAAUUUGAAAAAGAAUUUAAAAAUUUAAUAAAUAAUAUUUCAACACAACAACAACAACAAAAAUUAAAUAAUAUGAAUUUAAAAGAAAAUAAAAUUAAAAUUAAAAUUAAAAAAAGAGAUAGAAAUAAUUAUGAUGAACAUAUCCAAGAAAUAAAUAAUUUUAAUAAUCCAUAUUUCACAACAGUAAUAAAGAGAAAAAAAUAA